UCGAGGUUGUUGGAGUCUGUCACCAUAUCGUCGUCGAUCUCCAACCCACAACAGCAGCAGCCCUCCGCCGCUACCGCCGACGCUUUCCCUCCGCCCUCACCUUCCUCUCUUCGACCCUUUGUUUCUCCUUUUCGAAGGCUGAUUGAUAUUGGGGUUUACCGUAGAAGGAGGCAGAGCUGCAGAGUGUUACGGCGGAGAUGGGGUUUUAUGAAGGUCUAGGGUUCCAUUUCCUCCUCUGCUGAGUUCUGCUACCCAUUGUUGCGUUACGGUGGUGAUCGAGAUCGGGGCCUGAGAACCACGGAUGGGUAGACUCUGGCUGGGUAUACCGAAAAGAUCGUUACCGUCCCUUUUCCUAUCGAGAAAGGCUUUUGGCCGUCCUUGGUCCUCGCCGAUCAUGGGUUCACCAUUGGGUCUUGUCCAAGGGAGGAAGGAGGCUUUCUCACCAUUUAUGAGAGCAAUUUCUCACCUGUCAACAAGAUAUGAAACCAAUGGUGGUAUUGUUGAAGGAACCCAUGACUUUAUGAGAUUGAGGACAUUUUUGUUAAGCCGAUUCUUUCAUGCAACAGGACCUUGUUAUGCUAUUGAACGGGACUAUUAUGAAAUUCUUGGUAUCCCACAAGAUGCUUCAUUAGAUGAUAUCAAGAAAGCUUUUCAUGCGCUGGCUAAGAAGUACCACCCAGAUGCCAACAAAAACAAUCCUACAUCAAAGAGAAAGUUUCAAGAGAUAAGAGAUGCAUACGAGACUUUGCGAGAUCCCAAAAAGAGAGCAAAAUAUGACAAGAAAUCCGUCCAAGGGUCAGAGAAAGUAGGCUAUGCCGCAGAUGACACGGAAGGGUUCCAUGAAGCCUAUCAUGAUCCUUUCUCAGAAUUCCACAAAACCAAUCAUGGUCCUUUCUCUAAUUCAUUCUUUAAAAUAUUUACUGAGGUGUUUGAACAUGAGAGAGAAACAUAUGCAGCUGACACACAGGUGGAGCUAAAUAUAUCAUUUUCUGAAGCAGCUAAAGGUUGUAUUAAGCAGGUGUCCUUUACCUCACAAGUUCUCUGCAGCUCUUGCCAUGGAAGGGGCCAUCCUGUUAAUGCAAAGCCUUCAAGAUGUCCUACUUGUAAUGGUGUUGGAACAGUCACAGUGUUUCCUUUUACAUCUACUUGUAGCUCUUGCAGAGGGUUGGGGAAGAUAAUCAAGGAUCAUUGCUCAGCAUGCAGAGGGUUGGGGGUGGUUGAUGGUGUGAAGAAUGUUAAUGUAACCAUUCCAGCAGGAGUUGAUUCUGGUGAUACAAUUAGUGUGCCAAAUGCUGGAAAUCAAGGUGGAAAUGGUGUCCAUCCCGGAAAUCUGUACAUUAAGUUGCAGGUAGACAAGGACCCUGUCUUCCUACGAGAUGGUUCUGAUGUAUAUGUUGACACCCACAUAAGCUUCACUCAGGCUAUUCUUGGUGGUAAUGUUGAAGUUCCCACCUUGUCCGGGAAGACAAAAGUGAAGAUACCAAAAGGAGUCCAACCUGGGCAACUGUUAAUUCUGAGGGGUAGAGGUUUACCGAAGCAAAUUGGCCUAGUUGAUCAUGGUGACCAGUAUGUGCGAUUCCGUGUGCAUUUUCCUUCGUCAGUAAAUGACCGGCAGCGGGAAUUGUUAGAAGAAUUUGCUAAGGAGGAAGCAAACCAGGAAAGUUAUGGAUUUGCUGAUGGAAACUGGUGGCAGCGAAUCAUCGAUCAACUGACUCAUCUUAGAUUCAUCGAUCAUCUGAUCAGUCCUAGGUUCAUGCUGGGUAUCGGCUUUCUGUUGUUGCUUAAUUUGCUGGUGAGCAAAAGCUUGAGCUAAGGGGCGACUUGUGCAUGACAGACCACAAGAUACUGUAUCCAUUUAGGAGAGAGAUCCUUGUGUGGAUAAGUCAUGAGAUGGAAGUUUAAGCAUGACAAAUUUUAGCUUUAUGGGCCGACUGAGCCAUGGCUGCAAUCAUCAUUUGAAGUCUGGAACUCCUUGAUAGAAGGCUUCUCUUUCUGAGAUCCUAGUGCCUGAUUGAUAUCAGAACCUCUGCUUCUUGUAACCGUUCAUAAUUUGUCAUCAUCUUUUAGUCAUGGCAAAGUGAUUUUUUUUUCCCUCGAUUACUCGUCGUCCUUGUUGGGGAAGAAAAUUGUAGAGUUACACACAUGAGAAUUCUAUUUAAUCAUGAGGCUGUUUGGAAUAAAAGGAACGUGAGAUAUGCAAUUCCUCGUCUGCUAUUUAA